AUGCCGAAGAGGAAGAAGAAAAGUGCAGACGGGCCCAAUUCCCGGGGCCAAGAUCAGGGAGAAGAGGAGUCAAGGGGAGUGUCGAGUGCCAAAUUGAAGCGCGGCUUUGAUGAUGCAUUUAUUGUUAUAUCUGACAGUGAUGGAGAGCAAGAGUCAAAGGAGGAAUAUGAUUUGCAGAAGAAAAGAACAAAGCAGCAGCUGGAUAGAGCGAAGUUUGCAGCAAAGAGAAAAAUUGCACAAAUGACAGAAGAUGAACAAUUUGCCCUGGCUCUGAAAAUGAGCGAGCAAGAAGCCAGGCAGCUGAACUCGCAGGAUGAGGAAGAGGAAGAGCUCCUGAGAAAGGCUAUUGCUGAGAGCCUCAGUAGCUGCCUGCCCCGUGAUUCUUCCGUUGCAGCUGCUCUGCCUCCUCUGCCUCCUCUCACUCAGGCACCUGAGUCUCCAGUGGCAAGCCACCCAGCUAGACCAGAGACUUCUGAGCUCCUCACAGCUCUGCCGCCUUGCUCUGAAUCUCCUUGCUCCGAGGGCAGCUCUCUCUCACCCAGCUACAAAGCUGAUGAGAACGGACAGACAGAUGUCGCCAAGAGGCCCCUUGUAGUCCUGACGAGGUUGAGCCAGGAGAUAGUUGAAAGCUCGCUGGUCUCUAGCAUAAUUGUAUCUCCAGGGAAGAGCCAGCCUUUUGCAAGAUCAAAUGAAGGGUCUUUCUCACCAGCAGGGAGUGAUUCCAGUGACACGCCACCCAACCUACAAGACCUAUUUGCCUUAAGUCCCACCUUUCCCCGAAGGCCUCCGGGUGUUUGGCCGCUGGCGCCUCGGCGUCUCUUUGCAGGAGGGUGCAGCACUUCAAAACCUGCGGGCCAGGAAAUAGAAAAGCAUUCCCAAAAUUGUUCAGAGAGAGACCCCCUUGCUGGGUGCUCAGAAUCCCUAGUAAAAGUACCUCAGAAGCAUAGCACCCUGGACCACCGCAGUAGCCCAGGUUCUGAGCUUGAACAGCAGAUCCAGCACAGGGAGAAGGCGCCUCUUUCUCCUGAGCUCCUGAAAAGGACUGAAAUGCCAGCAAAUGUCCCACCGCUUGACGCACUUCAAACGACAGAUGAGGAGGGCAACCAAGAAGAGGACCGAGACACAGUACACUAUUACUGGGGCGUCCCAUUCUGUCCUAAAGGAGUUGAUCCCAAUAAAUACACCCAAGUCAUCUUGUGCCAGCUUGAAGUUUACCAGAAAAGCUUGAAACAAGCUCAGAGGCAGCUACUGCAGAAGAAGAGGUUUGGGGAGCCAGUCGUUCCUAAUUCCUGUCCUUUGAGCCCAAGUGAACGUGGUACAGAGGAGGAGGAGGAGGUGAAGGAGGAGGCUUUUAAGGGGAAUGGAGGUCCGGAUGAAAAGGAAAGAGAAGAUACGGGUGAUAAAAAGGAACCUGAGGGCGUAGCUUGGCUUCUUUCUCCAGCAAACAGAAAGCUGGACAGCAGUCCACAACAGAAUGUGGCUAGGGGAGAAAACUGUGAGCGUGGAGAUGAGCCAACUAGCAGCUCCUGUCAGGCCUCCCAAGUACUGUUUGCAGAAGAUGCCCUUGAAGAAGGGGAGCCCAUGCAGAUUACACAAAGCAUUUCUGCCUUGACGCCCCUGGAUAGUAGGAGAAGCCCAGAUAUUGCUGCUGAGACUUGUGCCGAAGAGGAAAUCACCGUUUGUCCUGAGACCCAGCCGAGUCCAUCGCAAGCUAUUGAGCCCGAGAGCAGAGAAAUCCAUUCAUCCAGCAAAGAUGUCUCUCUGCAGGCUGAUGCGGAUGAAGAUGCCAGGCAGAGUGUGUCUGCACCCCGCCUUCUGGCUGAUGGUGCUAUCUCCUGUCCAUUGUGCGAUUACAGAUUCCCUGUUUCGGAAAUUGAGCAACACGCCAUGUAUUGUAAUGGCACAGGAGAGGACAUAGCUGAAGAUGGCCCAGUGAUGACCCGGCGACAGAAGGAAGCCAAGAGCAAAGCCGCCUGGGGCAAAGAGACAUCCCAACCAGUAGACACGGGCAAGUAUGAGAAGUGUUAUGUCUGCAAGUCUCUGAUGCCGCUGAAGGAUUACCGGAGGCAUGUUGACGGCUGCCUUCGACUCCAAAGGUGCUCCAAAAGUGCUAAUGGAACCCAGGGCGGCAGGAGGCUGCGGUGUGUAAAGGAGGAGGGAAGAAGUGAAGGCCGACUCCUAAACAUGCUGGAGCAAUCUGAACACAAAGCUGCCGAUGCAGAGUCGGGGGCCACACCAUCUGAAGAAGACUCAAGGUGCAGCUCACCAGAGGUGGACAAGGAGGCCGAGUGUGACAAGGACAACUGGAGCCAUUCCCCCCAUGCCUCUUGCAGUGACUCUCCUUUUAAAUCAUUCACGUCUGUUUCAGAAGCCAAAAGCUGCCUACCAGACUUGAAAAAACAGUUGGCCACAGGCUCAGGCAGUCGGCCACAAACCAAAGCCAGCUUCAGGAGAAGGAAGAAAUUCUGAGUCUUGCACAAUGAGAAAGGGAACUCAAAGUGGAAUAAAAAGCAAAGCUUUCUAUUCUACUGACUUUGCUUGGCAGGAAGAGCGUUGCCUCCCACACAGCAUCAACCAUCUCUCUUCUGUACAUUUUUGUAUGAAUUGUACAAGCAUUUGUCAUAAA